AUGUACAUCACGCUCUACUUCAUAGUCACCCUCCUCCAUGACUCUCUUCGCGCAGUCAGGGACACCUUUCUCGCACUUAGCCCCACCGACCUCACCGUCGACCUCCUCGAGAAGGACCUCCUUGUAGCUCAGACUAGCAUAGUUGCUGUAGAUGCUGCUCAUGGCACUACUCGCACGCCCUUCUUUGAGGGGUGUUCCCCCUCCCCCCUUGCCCCCUCCUACGCUUCUGCUGCUGCUGUUGACUUCCUUGGUGCUGAGGAGGUCGGGGCUGCUUCCGCUCCUAGUGGGAAGCGCCGCAGCGGCAAGGGCAAGGGAGGCAAGAGUGGUGGAGGUGGCAGCGGGGGGGGUGGUGGUGGAGGAAGUGGAGGCGGUGGAGGUAGCGGGGGUGGCGGUGGUAGUGGCGGAGGGAGUGAGGGCGUCGGUGGCGGCAGUGGUGGCGGCGGUGGGAGUGGUGGCGGCGGUGGCGGCAGUGGGAGUGGUGGCGGCGGCAGUGGUGGCGAGUUUGGCGACGAGGCUAUGCUCAUCAGCUGGCAAGAGCUGCUUAGGUCUAGUGUUGAAAUCUUUGCGCUUGAGUAUGAUGCUAUUCUUGCUGCCAUGUAUGCUUUGACUGUUAGUGCUGAGGGUGACUACUCAGGUGCUUCCCGCUGUUUAUUUCGCGAAAGUACCACAGUCACACCACUCCCUGCACCUGUUGCAGUCUCUCUGGCUGACCCCUCUUGGGGCUCGGUUCUUGCACGUUCCUCUACUGUGUCCGGCGGUUCCGUCCGGCUCACUGUCAGGUCUCCACCUCCCCUCGUUCUCGAUGAACUUGCAUGCACUCCCGCCUCCUUGUCUCUAGUCUUCCCAGGUCUCUGCCUCCCCUCCCACCCUCGCCUGCCCCGCCCUGCGUUCCUUGCGUCGAGGGGCGGCAGCGCGCCGCUCCUCACUCCUCCUCGUUUCCCCCGACGACUGCUCCCCUGCAGACUCUCCACAUGGACGUGUGGAGACCAGCCCGCGUCAGUGGACGACGACUCGUGUUACACCACGGUCUUCCCCUUGCGCAGCAAGGGGGAGGUCCCUGAUGUCUUGAUCCCUUGGAUCCGAGGUGUCCGUCUACAGCUCCGCGAGCGGUUUUGCACGGACCUUCCUGUCCUGUGUUUGCACUCUGACAGAGGUAGUGAGUUCUCCCCCGACCUCUUGCAGGACUUUUGUCAGGGGGAGGGCAUCCUCCUGUCCUUCACGCUUCCGGCCUCCCCGCAGCAGAAUGGGAUUGCAGAGCGCCGCAUUGGCUUAGUCAUGGAGGUGGCUCGUACCUCCAUGAUCCAUGCGGCUGCUCCCCAUUUUUUGUGGCCGUUUGCGGUCCGGUACGCUGCGCAUCAGCUCAACCUCUGGCCCCGUGUCUCCUUGCUGGAGACCUCGCCUACGCUGCGUUGGACGGGGGAGGUUGGCGAUGCAUCGGUGUUCCGGGUCUGGGGCUCUCGUGCCUUUGUCCGCGAUACCACCGCGGACAAGCUCUCCUCUCGCGCCAUUCCCUGCGUCUUCCUUGGCUUUCCCCCUGACGCGCCUGGCUGGCAGUUUUACCACCCCACCUCGCGUCGGGUUCUGCCCUCUCAAGACGUCACGUUUGACAAGUCGGUUCCCUUUUACCGUCUCUUCCCCUACCGCACUGCCCCUCUCCCCCCCCCCCACCGCUCUUCCUCACUCCAGGUCCUCCUCCGGUAG